AUGAUAAACAGAGUAGAACUCACAGUGGAAUUAUUACGAAAAUAUCGAGGAGAAUUGACACAUGAGAAAGUUGUUAGAUUGAACAGAAUAGUCAAGGUUGUUGAAAGUAUUCAUCAGAGUCAUCAAAACGAGGAAAUUAUCAUUCCAAGUAAAGAAGCUAUUAGUGAGGUUCUUGAUAACCCAAAUGAUGAAAACAUGAAGACAUUCAUUGAAUGCACAUUCAAAGAAAAAGUCAAUGUUGGUGAGACAGACAUUAAGAAAAUCUAUGAAGAACAAGAAAGUAGUGCAGUUGAGUUAUUGAAAGACAUCAUGGAUGUUUUAAUGAAUGAGAACAUCAAGAAAUAUGUAAGCAAUAAAGCAAUUAAAAGAAUUACACAAAUGGCACAGAAGAUUCGUAACAACAUUGUGGAGUGUAUCAAUGAAAAUAUGAGAAUGGAAGAAGAGAAGAAUCAAGAAACAACAACACCACCAGAAAUGACAAAUAUUCCAAUCAGUGAAGGAAACAAAACAGAAGAGCAAGAG